CCCAUCAGCCUGCUCAUUUCCACUGCAGAUGGUGGUCCUGGCGCUCAUUUGACAGGUUCGAACUUUUGAGGAAUGCCUCGGUAUAAUUGUCUCCGUGCUUGUCUUACGCAACGGUUCUCCCCUCCGUAUCAUGAUCAGCCAUGCCAGAGGUCGCUUCACGUCCCCAUUUGGUCCUAGUUAUCACCUCACUUGAAUCCUGCGCGUCUGUCGACAGUCAGAGAGAGACGCGUCUUCCGUUAACUAGCUUCUGUAACAGUACUCCAUACACAGAGGACUCCGUGAUUCGUAGCAGCUUCACGGUGGAACACGGCACUUACCUGUCAUCUGCAGUUGAUCCAAAAAGCCUAGGUCUACCCUAGGUUCGUUCAGGUCUCCAUUUCUCUCUUCCAUCGGUUUCCAGUCUGUGCGG